UUGACCCGUCUGCUUCCUUCCACUGCUAGUUCGCUUUCCAACAGCCGCAGCAUCCACUGUUAACAUCAGCUCAUCCUGUUAUUUUACAUUAUUUGAAGCCAUCAACAGAAACAGGUGAACAGCAAUCAUGGCCGUCUACAAAAUAGUGCUGAUUCGCCACGGAGAGAGCAACUGGAACCAGGAGAAUCGCUUCUGCGGCUGGUUCGAUGCAGAUCUGAGCGAAACCGGGGAGAAGGAGGCGAAGAGAGGAGGACAGGCCCUGAAAGACGCUGGGUACGAGUUCGAUAUUUGCUACACCUCCGUGCUGAAGCGAGCCAUCAGGACACUGUGGUUCGUCUUGGACAGCAUCGACCAGAUGUGGGUCCCGGUGCACCGGACCUGGCGGCUCAACGAGCGCCACUACGGAGGCCUGACGGGACUGAACAAGGCUGAGACGGCCGCCAAGCACGGAGAGGCUCAAGUCAAGAUCUGGAGGCGCUCGUUUGACAUCCCCCCUCCUCCUAUGGGCCCAGACCAUGACUACUACAGCAUCAUCAGCAAGGACCGCCGCUACGCAGACCUAACUGACGACCAGCUGCCAUCCUGCGAGAGCCUUAAAGACACCAUCGCACGUGCGCUACCUUUCUGGAACGACGAGAUCGCACCUCAGAUCAAACAGGGGAAGCGGGUGCUCAUCGCUGCCCACGGAAACAGUUUGAGGGGAAUUGUCAAGCACCUGGAGGGAAUGUCAGAUGAAGCAAUCAUGGAGCUGAACCUGCCAACAGGCAUCCCGAUCCUCUAUGAGCUCGACAAGAACUUGAAGCCAGUGAAGCCGAUGCAGUUCCUGGGAGACGAGGAGACCGUACGCAAAGCCAUGGAGGCUGUUGCUGCUCAGGGAAAAGCCAAAAAGUAAAAAGAAAAACAGGAAAAACAUCACUAUAGCCUCCUCUAUGUAUGAUGUUAUAGCUUGUCCCUAACAGCAGGCCUCAGAUUAGUGUGUUUUCCAAAUACUAAUUUAUUUUAUAGUAUAUCCAAUAUGCUCUAAAUAAACUUCCUCCCCUUGCAGGGAUUGAUGGGCUGUGAUAUGACAGAGUGAUUAAAGGUUUACCUCACAGAUCUAUUUCAGGAAAAAUAGAAUAAUAUAACUGAAAUUAACAGUACUGCUGAUAAAUAGCAGUCUUUAUGUCCUUAGUUGAAUUUACUAAAAGUUAAGUGAAAAGACUGAACAUUUACUUUUGGCCCUUAAACCAUUAGUUCAAAACAUCCGAGCUCCAUUUGAUGCUAUCUAAGGUUUGGAAUGGACUUUACAGCAAAAGAGAAGAUGCCUUGUUUCUUGCAUGCUUCAACGCAGAUGAUGUUUUGUGCACUGAUGGUGAUAGGACUGGGCCGUUGACCUCAUUGUUUUUGUUAUGGAGCAGGGUUGUGUUUUGUUGAAGUACAUUUUAAACAAAGGUUUCAAAUAAUUACUCAUCUGCGAUUAGUGGAUUUAUGAGAAUGUGCUAGCUCUGUUUUCAAAGUAUGUCAUCUGUGUGGUAUUUCUGUAUGUUGCUGCAGUCUGUGUUGUCUGACAUUUAGUAUGUCAUUUAAAGCCUAUUACUGCUUUGCUCAGUUUUGUACCCUAUAUGUGAUCAUUUUAUUGAAAUUAAGGUUUAAAAGUUCCACAGUGUUUUAAACAUUGGAAAAGGUUCUCAAAUUUUCCUUUGCUUUGUAUGUUUUUUCCAUCUUUGACCAGUCAUUGUUUAUUAUGUGUGUCCUGCUAAAAAUCCAGUUGUGUCUUACAGUGUUGGUGUUUCUUUUUAUCGUUUGUAUUUCUGUUUUGGAUAAAUGUACCCUGAAAGCUCUGAUAUAAUAAAUGUAAGAUUAUGGGACAAACCUUA